GGUGCUUCUUUUCCUUUCCCGAUUCGCUUGGCGGCGAGCCUGCGAGCGAUCCGGUGAGAAGAGUUUCACCGGGACAGAUUACACCUGUCCCUUCCGCAUAAGGCAGCCUCGCUAUAAAUGCUGCCAGCCACGUCGUUCGUUUCUAUUUUCCUCGUCCCCUCGCUAGCUCUGGCGUAGCCCCCCCGUUCAUAUAUACACAGGGGCGCAUGCAUCUUGUUCGCCAUUAGCUCAACGUAGCACAGAGCGCAAGCGGGCCGCGAGAUUGGAUAGUCAAUGAUCCCGGCCAUCUCCCCGAUCAUGGACGGCGCCGCCCCGCUGCUUCCCGAGACGAGCCCCGAGAGCCAGCACCGUGAUCCGGCGAGGGCGAGGAAGCGGCAGCCGGCCAUCAUCACCGCCGUCCUCCCCGCCGUCGCGUCCGCCGUGGUCCUGCUCGGCCUCGCCGCGCUGUUCCUGGUCUAUGGGUUUCGCGAUGAAGGGAGGGCCGACGUCGUCGCGCCCGGCGCCGUGGAGGUUGUUGUGGCCUCGUCGUCGUCCCGCGGCGUGGUGGAGGGCGUGUCGGAGAAGUCGAACGCCCCGUCGCUCCGCCUCGGCGGCGGCAAGGUCCGGGACUACGACUGGACCAACGCGAUGCUGUCGUGGCAGCGCACGGCGUUCCACUUCCAGCCCCCUAACAAUUGGAUGAACGAUCCGAACGGUCCACUAUACUACAAGGGAUGGUACCAUCUGUUCUACCAAUGGAACCCGGACUCGGCCGUGUGGGGGAACAUCACCUGGGGCCAUGCCGUGUCGCGCGACCUCAUCCACUGGCUGCACCUGCCUCUGGCCAUGGUGCCGGAUCACUGGUACGACAUCAACGGCGUCUGGACCGGCUCGGCAACGCAGCUGCCCGACGGCCGGAUCGUCAUGCUCUACACCGGCGCCACGGAGGAGUCGGUGCAGGUGCAGAACCUGGCCGAGCCGGCCGACCCGAACGACCCGCUGCUGCGGGAGUGGAGCAAGGCGGAGGCGAACCCGGUGCUGGUGCCGCCGCCGGGCAUCGGGCUGACCGACUUCCGUGACCCGACGACGGCGUGGCGCAGCCCGGCCGACUCGGCGUGGCGGAUCACCAUCGGCUCCAAGAACCGCGACCACGCCGGGGUGGCGCUCGUGUACAAGACCGACGACUUCCUGCACUACGACCUGCUCCCCACGCUGCUGCACGUCGUGAAGGGCACCGGCAUGUGGGAGUGCGUGGACUUCUACCCGGUGUCCGCCACGCCGGGCGUCGAGGUCGGGCUCGAGACGUCCACCGAGCCGGGCCCCGGCGUGAAGCACGUGCUUAAGGCCAGCCUCGACGACGACAGGAACGACUACUACGCCAUCGGCACCUACGACGGCAAGGCCGCCGAUACCUGGACGCCGGACGACGCCGAGAUCGACGUCGGGAUCGGGCUCCGCUACGACUACGGCAAGUUCUACGCGUCCAAGACGUUCUACGAUCCCGUCGGACGGCGGCGCGUGCUGUGGGGGUGGAUCGGUGAGACCGACAGCGAGCGGGCUGACAUACUCAAGGGCUGGGCCUCCGUCCAGUCAAUUCCGAGGACUGUUCUCCUAGACACGAAGACAGGGGGCAACCUGCUCCAGUGGCCGGUGGUGGAGGUGGAGAACCUCCGUAUGCGUGUCAAGAGCUUUGAUGGCCUUGCUAUCUCUCCCGGCACCAUCGUGCCAUUGGAUGUCGGCAAAGCAACACAGCUAGACAUCGAGGCUGUGUUCCAGGUGAACAAUUUGAUUACCGAUGGCGUCACCGCUGUGGACGCUGGAGCGGCAGCGUACAGCUGUAGCACAGGCGGCGGCGCGGUGGGUCGAGGCUUGAUGGGCCCAUUCGGGCUUCUUGUGCUAGCUGACCAGGAGUUGACGGAGCAGACAGCUGUCUUCUUCUACCUGGUCAAGGGAGCAGAUGGCAACCUCACAACCUUCUUCUGCCAAGAUGAGCUCAGGUCAUCAAAAGCAAAUGAUCUUGUUAACAGAGUCUAUGGUAGCUUGGUACCUGUGUUGAAUGGCGAAAGCCUAUCAAUAAGAAUAUUGGUUGACCACUCCAUAGUUGAGAGCUUUGCUCAAGGAGGGAGGACAUGCAUUACCUCGCGUGUUUACCCCACUAAAGCGAUCUAUGAAUCCGCCAAAAUCUUUCUAUUCAACAAUGCCACAAAUGUUGGAGUCACUGCAAAAUCGCUAAAGAUUUGGGAGCUGAAUUCUGCUUACAUUCGUCCAUAUGUAGACUAGAUCCUUUUAAAUGUAAUGGCAACAAUGAAUGAUUUUUCCAUAUUUAUCAGUUGUAUUGUGUAGGCUAUUUUGUUUGUUUGCUUCU